AUGACGCGUCACCGAGCCGCUACAACUGACAGCCGGUCCAUUAAAAAGGCACUGGCGACCCACUCUACCCAUGGCGGGGACAAUGACAAGGCACUGGUGACCCACUCUACCCAUGGCGGGCACAAUGACAAGGCACUGACGACCCACUCUACCCAUGGCGGGCACAAUGACAAGGCACUGGCGACCCUAUCUGCACAUGGCGGGCACAAUGACAAGGCACUGGUGACCCUAUCUACACAUGGCGGGCACAAUGACAAGGCACUGACGACCCAGUCUACUCAUGGCGGGCACAAUGACAAGGCACUGGCGACCCACUCUACUCAUGGCGGGGACAAUGACAAGGCACUGGCGACCCACUCUACCCAUGGCGGGCACAAUGACAAGGCACUGGCGACCCACUCUACUCAUGGCGGGCACAAUGACAAGGCACUGGUGACCCACUCUACCCAUGGCGGGCACAAUGACAAGGCACUGGCGACCCACUCUACCCAUGGCGGGCACAAUGACAAGACACUGGCGACCCACUCUACUCAUGGCGGGCACAAUGACAAGGCACUGGCGACCCACUCUACUCAUGGCGGGCACAAUGACAAGGCACUGGCGACCCACUCUACUCAUGGCGGGCACAAUGACAAGGCACUGGCGACCCACUCUACUCAUGGCGGGCACAAUGACAAGGCACUGGCGACCCACUCUACCCAUGGCGGGCACAAUGACAAGGCACUGGCGACCCACUCUACUCAUGGCGGGCACAAUGACAAGGCACUGGUGACCCACUCUACCCAUGGCGGGCACAAUGACAAGGCACUGGUGACCCACUCUACUCAUGGCGGGCACAAUGACAAGGCACUGGCGACCCACUCUACUCAUGGCGGGCACAAUGACAAGGCACUGGCGACCCACUCUACUCAUGGCGGGGACAAUGACAAGGCACUGGCGACCCACUCUACUCAUGGCGGGCACAAUGACAAGGCACUGGUGACCCACUCUACUCAUGGCGGGCACAAUGACAAGGCACUGGUGACCCACUCUACUCAUGGCGGGCACAAUGACAAGGCACUGGUGACCCACUCUACUCAUGGCGGGCACAAUGACAAGGCACUGGCGACCCACUCUACUCAUGGCGGGCACAAUGACAAGGCACUGGCGACCCACUCUACCCAUGGCGGGCACAAUGACAAGGCACUGGCGACCCUAUCUACACAUGGCGGGCACAAUGACAAGGCACUGGCGACCCACUCUACCCAUGGCGGGCACAAUGACAAGGCAAUGGCGACUCACUCUACCCAUGGCGGGCACAAUGACAAGACACUGGCGACCCACUCUACCCAUGGCGGGCACAAUGACAAGGCACUGGCGACCCACUCUACUCAUGGCGGGCACAAUGACAAGGCACUGGCGACCCACUCUACUCAUGGUUGGGACAAUGACAAGGCACUGGCGACCCACUCUACCCAUGGCGGGCACAAUGACAAGGCACUGGCGACCCACUCUACCCAUGGCGGGCACAAUGACAAGGCACUGGUGACCCACUCUACCCAUGGCGGGCACAAUGACAAGGCACUGGUGACCCACUCUACUCAUGGCGGGCACAAUGACAAGGCACUGGCGACCCUAUCUACACAUGGCGGGCACAAUGACAAGGCACUGGUGACCCACUCUACCCAUGGCGGGCACAAUGACAAGGCACUGGCGACCCACUCAACCCAUGGCGGGCACAAUGACAAGGCACUGGCGACCCACUCAAACCAUGGCGGGCACAAUGACAAGGCACUGGCGACCCUAUCUACCCAUGGCGGGCACAAUGACAAGGCACUGGUGACUCACUCUACUCAUGGCGGGCACAAUGACAAGGCACUGGCGACCCACUCUACCCAUGGCGGGCACAAUGACAAGGCACUGGCGACCCACUCAAACCAUGGCGGGCACAAUGACAAGGCACUGGCGACCCAGUCUACCCAUGGCGGGCACAAUGACAAGGCACUGGCGACCCACUCUACCCAUGGCGGGCACAAUGACAAGGCACUGGCGACCCACUCUACUCAUGGCGGGCACAAUGACAAGGCACUGGCGACCCACUCUACUCAUGGCGGGCACAAUGACAAGGCACUGGUGACUCACUCUACCCAUGGUGGGGACAAUGACAAGGCACUGGCGACCCACUCUACUCAUGGCGGGCACAAUGACAAGGCACUGGUGACUCACUCUACCCAUGGUGGGGACAAUGACAAGGCACUGGCGACCCACUCUACUCAUGGCGGGCACAAUGACAAGGCACUGGUGACUCACUCUACCCAUGGCGGGCACAAUGACAAGGCACUGGCGACCCACUCUACCCAUGGCGGGCACAAUGACAAGGCACUGGUGACCCACUCUACUCAUGGCGGGCACAAUGACAAGGCACUGGCGACCCACUCUACUCAUGGCGGGCACAAUGACAAGGCACUGGCGACCCACUCUGCUCAUGGCGGGCACAAUGACAAGACACUGGCGACCCACUCUACCCAUGGCGGGCACAAUGACAAGGCACUGGCGACCCACUCUGCUCAUGGCGGGCACAAUGAGAAGGCACUGGCGACCUACUCUACUCAUGGCGGGCACAAUGACAAGACACUGGCGACCCAGUCAACCCAUGGCGGGCACAAUGACAAGACACUGGCGACCCACUCUACCCAUGGCGGGCACAAUGACAAGGCACUGGCGACCCACUCUACCCAUGGCGGGCACAAUGACAAGGCACUGGCGACCCACUCAACUCAUGGCGGGGACAAUGACAAGGCAAUGGCGACCCACUCAACUCAUGGCGGGCACAAUGACAAGACACUGGCGACCCUAUCUACACAUGGCGGGCACAAUGACAAGACAGUGGCGACCCAGUCUAGGGAACAAGGAUGA